AGUUUGUUGAAAGUGACGUGGACCAGGAGUUAUUAUUUAAUAUACCGUAUGUAUAUUGUGUUUUUUUACUGUUAGUAGUGGUUUAUCACAAAGAAAUGAUAAAAGAUUUAGUGUACAGUAUAUAAUGCAAAUAUGAAUUUUUUUAGUAAUGUGGAAAUAUCAUUGAUAAUAUUUUAGAUUUACUGGGAAUGUAAAGUUAAAGGGAAUUAUAAUUAUUGGUGGCGAAGGUGAAGAGCAUCCAAGAGUUAUGAAGCUGUGAGUGUUUGUGCUUAUCUCAUUAGUAGGGUCUGAAAUUUAAUUUUUUUCGCACCCUGGCAUAACAGGAUUCAAAGUUCUACUGUAGUAUGCCAUCUAAGAAUCUAGUGUGCUACUUUUGGAUUCUGCUUAAUAGGCCUAAAAAAUACUACCUUAAUUCAUUGGUAUAAAUUACAAUAACAACAAGAGACUCAACAUAGACCACCAAGUUGGAAAUCAAAUUAAGGCUGAUUAUUUCAGGAAGGCAGACUCAUAUAGUAUGCAAAGCCAUUGGGGAGACCACCAGUCAGAGACAUUUGGCAUUAUCCUAAUGUUUGAGGUUUUAUACUAUCCAGUCGAGAUUCAAGUCAUUCACAGUUUGAUAUCCAAAACCAAAAUUUUAGUAUCCCGUACGAUAUUGCAUGAAAUACUGAAAAUUUCAGAUCCUGAUUUGUGCAUGGCUGUGUUCUAAAAGACUUUGAAACCAACUUGAUACAACAAUUUUUUUAAUUACUCUUUACACUCAGUGUUAAUUGAAAAGAGUGAUGAAAAGAAUUUUCGUACUCUGAGGAUGAUACUGUAACUAAACCAUUAACUUGCACUGUGCCCUAAUGCACCCUUAUUAGUUUAUUAUUUUACUCUGGCUGCUAGCUAGACAAUUUUACUCAAUCGUUAAGUGGAGAGUGCUGGUGCUCAUUGGGUUAAUAGGCCUUUUAUGUGUGUUUCAGUUAUAAGAACAAGUCACAUAUGACGUUUGAUGAGACAGGUGUAGAGCCAGAUCAAGUGUUUGAACUUGUACAAGAUAUGAAUGGCACUGUUGAAUAUACUACCAAGUGAGUACAGGUAUAGUCAGGGACCUAGCCAGGAUUAGGUAUAGUCAGGGACAUCUAAAAGUGUUAGGCCAGGGGCCGGUUGUAUAGAACUCUUAAUCACUUUAGUUAAAUAGUGAUUAACUCUCAAAUAGGACAAUAGGUGCUUCUUAUUGGAUGACGUUUGCAUUUAAUCAUAGUUAACAUUAAUCACUUUUUUAUACAACCGGCCCCAGGUCCUCCCCCAAAACAUGUUUUCCUUGGAAUAAAUUUUAGAUCAGAUCUUUAUAUAUGUAUCCUCUAAAAACGUGAUUCUUAGUCAAUACGAGAUUCUUAAUCAAUAUGAUUGAUUACAAAACUUUCUUGAGCGUAGCAUGUUUUUUGUUCUUUUCAUACUGUAGGGUACCAAGAUUUUCCAGUGUGCAAUGUUUAUCAAUAUAUUUCCCAAGUAACUUUGGUGCAGAGACAACCAAGGUUACAUACAUUGGGCUUAAAGGAGAAUUUCAAGAGGUACAUGGUCUGCAGUUAUUUGGUAUUAGACGUCUUAUACAGUAAUUCGCUUCUGGGGCCAGUUGUUCAAAGCUACAGUAGAUUAGGGCUACAAACUUUUUUCAGACACUUGUAGUGUCUUUCUUUUUGAACAUUUUAUUUUCAUUCUGCCAGGCUCGUCGACACGAGGUGACUAUCUGUAAUUACGAAGCCAGAGCUAAUCCUGCAGAUCACAAAACAAGCUUUCUAGACACUGUCAACCACGCAGUCUCGUGAUAAUCUUGUACGUUGUUACCAAGAAGAAAAAAAGCAGGAAUCUUUUUCAGAGAUCAGGUACAAUGUGUCAAUGCAGUCUCGCGAAAAAUGAUGAGCAGACCAAUAUUUAGCCAAUUAUUGGCCAUCUUGUGUAAUACUUUAUACAAAGGAACUCGGUUAAAAAUGCGCCAGAAAUUUGGCUCAUGGGAUUACCGUAUUACUGUAUCAACAAGGUAUCGUUGGAUACGAAUAUAUCGCGUAGUGAGCGUUUAUUGGGACAAAGUGACAACCUAGGCGAUCAUAUGAAAGAAAUGACAAAAAGCGCGGGUUCACUAUACUGUUCAAUAAAUGUACUGUAACAUCGAAGUUCACAACUUAGUUCUUCUAUAUCAAUCAGCAUUAUGUUUGCAAAGCCAAGAUAAUUGUGGUUUUUUUGACACUCUAAAGGCUGCAUUCCAGUUACGCGUUUUUUAUACGUGCGUACAC